UUUCCGUGUGGAUCCAUAGUAGAAUACACAUUAUUAUUAUUUAUUUAUUUAUCUAUUUAUCUGAAAUUUAGUUUUUUAUUUUAAUUUUCAUUCCAAUGAUCCAAAUACAAGGACAACCACGGCCUGAACCACUAUUACUUGUAUUACCAACUGCCACGUCACCACUUAAUAUUUCAUCAAGUAAUAUCAGUAGCAAAAGUUCUCGAAUCAACAAUAAUAAUGAUAAUGAAAAUGAUGAGGAGGAUGAUGGGAGAGAUUUGGAUGUCGAAAUGAAAACGGAAUCCGAAUGGCCUCGUAUUGAACGACCAACACCAAAAUAUGCUGAUGGUCGACGGAUUUCUGCACCCGCUGUCCUGGCACACGGCCUGUUUGAAAUUCCAACUUCAUGUUCCGUCCAGAUUACUGUACUUCAACAAUUGUUGGAUCAGAGUUCCACGCUGAGUUUGGAGCCGACGAACAGUCCCGAUUCUGGUGUUGGCACCGACUCGACACCCGAAACGUCUCCGUCAAGUUCAACGACACGCCGUCACGCAUUUGCUCCGCCACCACCUCGACCACGACCUCCUACAGUACCCCUGCCUACCGUAACCCAACAGAUUCCGUGGCAGACGUCGACGAUUUGGCCUUGGAUUCAGCAGGCGCAGAGUGCGAGCACGGCAGAUGCUACGCAGCGUUGGCUUCAAUCGGCUCUGCUUUGCCCAACAACAUCAGCUUCUCACCCAAAUCUUCUAACGAUUCCACAAAUUUCCGUUCAACCACAACCAACGGCUCCACAGACUUUAUUGACUGCAGCUCCAUUCAUCAGCUCGACCGUGUUCACUCCAACGUGUGGUGACCUUCUAACCACAUGUACUCCAUCAAAUCCAUCACUUCUUCAUCCAUAUCUUCUAGACACCUCUCGUCGAUUCUCCGAGCCAAAUCCUGCUCCAUUGGCACAACGAACACCUGGAAAAAAGCAAAAAGAUGGACAAGUCACGUAUCUUUGGGAAUUUUUGUUAAGACUGCUGCAAGACGACCAAUAUUCGCCAAAGUUUAUUAAAUGGAUAGAUCAAGCAAAAGGAAUUUUUAAAUUGGUCGACUCGAAAGCAGUUAGUCGUUUGUGGGGAAUGCAUAAGAAUAAGCCUGGAAUGAAUUAUGAGACAAUGGGAAGAGCCCUCAGAUAUUAUUAUCAAAGAGGUAUUCUUCAGAAAGUUGAUGGUCAAAGAUUGGUCUACAGAUUUGUGCAUUUACCAAGUGACGUGGCAAGUGAAUGCGAUUCAUCGUGUGAAAGUGCCGACUCAUGUGACUCUCCAAAAAUCAGUCCGAUAUCUCUAAAACUGAUGCUUCAACCCGCAACUUCUGCUAGUGAUGAAGCCUAAUUGUACAUAAAUAACUACUUUUCCCGUACAGAAUUUCAUUUAUAUAUUUCCUGGAACAAAAAAGAAAAAACAGAAAUAUAUACACAUAUAUGUUUCCUUCCCCGGCUUUAAAGUCUUUCCCUCUUUCUAUUUUCCAUAAUUCUCUAAUUUACACUGCCCAAUGCUUUCUAAAAUACAAAUCCGAACUUUUUAAACAUUUGUUCCGAAUACGGAGUUUCCCCCUACAACUUAGUUUUAUAAUUUAUGAUCUAAUUUAUUUUAUUUAUUCAAAUUUCCAACAAAAAACUAUUGAAUC